CUUUUUUUUUUUCUUUUCUAUGCAAUGGCUAAGAUGACGAUGAUAAAGAGAAAGAAUCAAUUGGAUCGUUUACCUUACGACAUUCUUAUACGAAUUCUUCAAUUGCCUGAGAUAGAUGUUCAAACCGUUGUCAUAUUCGCACAAGCAUUACCCUAUUAUAAAGAUUUGGCUAUGUACGUGUUACAUCAUCAUCAGCUUCCUCGAUUAUAUCUACAAACUACCAUGGAUCAAGAAGGAAAAAAACAAUAUCUUACUCUAUUUCAUUACCAUAGUUUGGAUGUGGCUUCUCUUUGUGUCACCUUUAAAGUCUCAUCUGCCUCCACUUCCAAACGGUAUAUCUCAAACACCGCCUCAGCAGCUCGGCCGCGUUUACGGCAACUCACUCUUCAUCAUCAUCAUCAUCAUCAAGAAAAAGAAAAAAAGAACAAACUAGUUGAUCCCGCAAGUCAAUUUUGGUAUCAUCGUCGUUCCUGUUCUUCUUCUGUUCCUACUUUAUCCUCCGAUUCUUCAAUCUCCGUGGAUUCCUGUUCGUGUUGUUCUACAUUCUCCUCUUCAUCAUCAUUAAUAGUGAAAAAACAAUCAUCAUCACAAUUAUUAUUAUCCUCAUUGAAGACAAAGAAUAAUCAGCCUAAUUUAAUUCAAUCUCAUUCAUUAUCUUUGAAACAAGGUUCACAUACUAUUUUCCUGUCAUCAUCAAGUGCAACUCAUUCAAAAGCUAAAUGGCAAUGCUCUUAUCAUGUAGAUUAUACGAAUGAUCCAUCCAAUCUUAUGCCUUAUUUUGUGGAUAAUUGUCCUCCCUUGAAGUCACCUCAAAGGCAAUUCAAGACGGAACAUAUGUACAUUUCUCCCAUUUCUAUCACUGUCCCUUUGACAACAUUAUGUCCUCUUCCUGAUUCAUCAUCAUCGCCAUCCUUUGGAUCCAUUUGGUUAAAAAGAUGUGUUCAAACUACUAUCAAGAAAUUUUUUUAAAUGAAUACUAUAAUUUUUUUUUUUGUACAUCAUAAUAAAUAAUCUGCAAAGUUCAAAUACGACUACG